UCUGUCAAGUGUCAAGCGAUUGACAUAUUCCAUUACUUUCUAAGUUCGCACGAGAUAUAUAUUUUUAAUUUAUAAACAAUUAUCGAAUAAUAAGGACACGCAUCGACGAAAUUUAAUUAGUAUACAAAUUUGAAAUCAAAAAAUAACUAUAAGCAGAGCUAUGGCUUUUUACUGUUGUAGCAGAUUGGGCUCCAACUCGUUAUUGGGUAACUUGGCCAAGUUACGCACGGCAGUAGGUAGGGCUCAAUACGCGCAAUCGGCAGCUGUGCCUAAGAUCAGCUUUAAAAGGUAUGAGCCACCUAAGGAGGAGCACCACGAUGUAAGGAAUGCUCGUCUCCAACGCCCAAUGUCGCCUCACCUUACGAUCUACAAACCUCAACUCACUAGUAUUUUAUCUGUUACCCACAGAGCUGCAGGUAUAAUGCUAUCAGGGUACAUUACUGCACUGGGUGUUGGUGCCCUUGUCUUGCCUAAUGAUGUUGCUCACUAUGUAACAAUGAUCGAAGGAUUAAAUUUAUCCCCGGCAACAAUAUUCCUUGCAAAAGCAAUUUUGGCAGCACCAUUCGGAUACCACUUUGCUAAUGGAAUUAGGCAUUUAUAUUGGGACACGGCUAAAGGCUUGACAAUUAAGGAAGUUUACUCAACGGGAUAUGCUAUGUUGGCGGGAUCAGUAGCGAUUACACUAUUUUUAGCUGCAUUGUGAGUAAAAUAAUUAGUAAAUGUUCUGAGUAUUAUUUAUUGUUC